AUGGAAAAUGAAAUAAAACCAAACUCGUUUUUGUAUUUUAGCAAAAUUAUGGAAAAGAUAAGUCAAAGAUCUGGAAGAAUAGAAAUACAGGAUAUGCUUACAGAAUAUUUUAGAGAUGUUAUUUCUAUAAAUAAAAAUGAUCUUAUUUAUGUUAUAUAUCUCUGUACACAUACAAUAUAUCCUGAAUAUAAAAAUCAACAACUAAAUCUUGGUGAAAAAAUACUUUUUGAUGUGCUUAAAGAAUGUACAAGUAAAGAUAUUACAAUACUAAAAAAAGAAUAUACAAAAAUUGGAGAUUUUGGCACUAUUGGUAUGACUUAUCGUACUAGACAACUUUUUAUAUCUAAAAAAACACUAUCUGCAAAAGAUGUUGUAUAUGCUUUAAGAGAAAUUGCAGAAAUCUCCGGAAUAAAAUCUAGAAUUUACAAAAUUCGUAAAAUGUUGGAUCUUAUCUCUUCAUGCACUCCUAUAGAAAUAAAGUUUUUAUUCAGAUUAUUUGAAGAAAACUUAAAAGUAAAAUUUGCCUUGAAAACUGUACUGGCAGCAUUUGCUAAAUUGUAUGAUAGUGCUUACAUUGAUAAAAUAAAAGAGGCAUAUAAUAGACGACCAGAUAUAGAACAACUUGUUAUAGAAAUUCUUACUAACGGCAUAUCAACAGUAGAUACAAAUUUCAAUAUUGAACCUGGUAUUCCACUUAAACCGAUGUUAGCACAACCCACCAAGAAUAUUUCUACUGCAUUUAAGCGUGUCGAAAAUAAAAAAUUUACAUGUGAAAAUAAAUACGACGGUGAAAGAAUACAAAUACACCGACACAACAACCAAAUGACAUUGUAUUCAAGAAAUUUAGAGAAUACAACAUAUAAAUAUUUUGAUAUAAUUAUUAAAUCAAACACUGAUAAAGAUUUUGUAAUAGACGGAGAAGUAGUAGCUUACGAUCCUGAACAGAAAAAAAUAUUGACUUUUCAAAAAUUGUCUACAAGGAAACGAAAAGAUUUCUCAAAAAAAGAAACAGUAAAUGUUUGCGUCUUUGUUUUUGAUAUUUUAUAUUUUGAUGGCUUGGAACUUAUUAAUAAAUCUUUGGAAGAUAGAAGAGCAAUUUUACACAAAGAAUUUACGGAGGUGGAAGGGAAGUUUUUCUUUUCUGAAUUCAAGGAUUGUGAAAAUAUUGAAGAAGUAGAUGAAUUUUUUAGACAAAGUAUUAAUUCUCAAUAUGAAGGUAUAAUGAUAAAAUUAUUAGGUGAUGGAUCAAAUUAUAUUCCAUCACAAAGAUGUAACUCUUGGAUCAAAUUAAAAAAAGAUUAUAUUGAAAGUGGCUCUGAUUCUUUUGAUUUAGUAGUAGUAGGGGCAUAUUAUGGUAAAGGUAAAAGGACUGGGUGGUACGGUGGAUUUCUUUUGGCUAGUUAUAAUGAAAAUGACGAAAUGUUUGAAACUGUCUGUAAAAUUGGUACGGGAUUUGAUGAUUCAUUGCUUAGCAAAUUGUAUGAAGAAGUAAAUAAUUAUGUAGUGUCAAUUCCUUCCCGAGUUAAAUAUAAAGAACAAACGAAGCCUGAUGUAUGGAUUACCCCCAAAUUUGUAUGGGAAAUUAAAGCAGCUGCUGUGUCUGCCUCUCCAAUUUACUGCUGUGGAAUAGACAUUGAAGAAAAAGGCUUUUCUUUAAGAUUUCCUAGAUUUUUAAAUGAAAGAGAAGAUAAAGACGUAACAGAUGCUACUACAUCUUUACAAAUCGUUAUGAAUUACAAAGAAUAUGAGGGAGAAAGUAAGGUGUUAGAUGAUAUCUAA